AUGACGACUCGUUAUCGCGUGGAAUACGCCCUCAAGUCUCAUCGUCGCGAUCAAUUGGGAUUGCUCGCCGUUCCGUUCGUGCUGCAUUCGCAGCCUACGGCCAUCUUUAACGAGGAGAGCGCCAAACUGGCAGAAGUAGCAAGAGCUACGCAUCAACGCUAUGCGGAGAUUAUGCGCGAUGUGGAACAGCUUGUCAACGAUCACAGUAAACUAAUCCCCCUCAUGGGGCUCAUCCGCCGCAGCAAACUCCGACUGGUGACAUUCGACGGUGACGUGACGCUCUAUGAAGAUGGCUGCUGCCUGCUGGAUGGGAGCCCGGUGAUUCCACGUCUGAUCCGCCUCCUGCAGCAAGGGAAAAAGGUGGGAAUCGUGACGGCAGCAGGCUACACGGAUGCAUCCAAGUAUUACGGCCGCCUGAAGGGCCUCCUUGACGCCGUGAGCAGCCACCCGGGGUUGACGGACGAGCAAAAGAACGGCCUGGUCGUGCUGGGAGGGGAGAGCAAUUUCCUAUUCCGAUACAAUCAAUCUUCUCCAGACCUCUUGACGUACGUGGAGCGCAGCGAAUGGAUGCUGGAUGAAAUGCGACUCUGGCGGGACGAGGACAUCACCGAGCUGCUCGACGUGGCCGAGGCGUCGCUCCGCGAGUGCGUCAGCAACCUGAACCUGCCCGCGGCAGUCCUGAGGAAGGAGAGAGCGGUGGGCAUCUAUCCCCUGGACGGGCACAAGAUGCACCGCGAGCAGCUCGAGGAGACGGUUCUGGUGGUCCAGAGCAUGGUAGAGAAGUCGGAAGUAGGCAGACGGCUACCAUUUUGCGCAUUUAACGGUGGGAACGACGUCUUCGUCGACAUUGGCGACAAGUCAUGGGGCGUUCGAGCCUGCCAGCGGUACUUUGGCGGAAUUGACCCUUCCAUGACGCUGCAUGUCGGCGAUCAAUUCCUGUCUGCUGGUGCCAAUGAUUUCAAGGCUCGACUCGCAUGCACAACGGCCUGGAUCGCCAGUCCGACUGAAACGGUGCAACUUCUGGACGAGUUGGCUGAAUUGGAAGGUCGAAACUAG